AUCGGGACGGGCACGGGCGGGGCUCCGCGUGAAGGGGCGGGCUCAGGGCCCGUUGUGCGGUGCCGGGCAGGGUCUGGGAGGCAGCCGGGCUGUGGCAGGAAGCCGGAAGCAGCCGCGGCCCCAGCUCAGGAGACAUGGCGGGUGUUAAAGCUCUCGUGGCAUUAUCCUUCAGUGGAGCUAUUGGGCUGACUUUUCUCAUGCUGGGAUGUGCCUUAGAGGAUUAUGGCGUUUACUGGCCCUUGUUUGUCCUGAUAUUUCACGUCAUCUCUCCCAUCCCCCAUUUCAUUGCCAAAAGAGCAACUUAUGACUCGGACGCAACAAGUAGUGCCUGCCGGGAGCUGGCAUAUUUUUUCACUACUGGAAUUGUUGUCUCUGCCUUUGGAUUUCCUGUUAUUCUUGCCCGUGUGUCUGUGAUCAAGUGGGGAGCCUGUGGCCUUGUGCUGGCAGGCAACGCAGUCAUUUUCCUUACAAUUCAAGGUUUUUUCCUUGUAUUUGGAAGAGGAGAUGAUUUUAGCUGGGAGCAGUGGUAGCACUUUAUUCUGAUAAAACGCAUUUUAUUUCUUUGAAGUCAUACUAUAUGUAUUUGUGUGCACGUGUGGCCUUUUACUAUGAAAUUUCCUAUGCUAUUUUUUUUAUACCUUUAUAUCAUGUUCGUUGUAAGAAGGACUACAUGAGAAAAAGAUUAGUUUUCUUUCCAGCAAGCAGAUCUCUCCAUUUACUCAAGUUGAAUUAUGUUAUUUGUUUAGCUGUUCAUAUAGUCAUGGUGCUCUCAGAAAAUACAUUAACACUGUCUUGUAGAUAGCUGCUCACUCGUGCAAUGCACCUUUUGCCUGGGGAUGUGCUUGGGUAGGCAGAUAACACUGGAGCGAGUCUCCGUUCUGCCCCAGACUUCCGAGAUGUGCUUGUGGCCCAGAGAGAUGGAGGUGGCUCCCUCUUUGUGUUGUAGAUCCUUGCAUCUCAAAGUGUGGUCCGUCCAACACUAGCCUGUCCUAGGAGCCAGUACGUACAGAAUCAGAGGCCCCACCACGGACCCAUUGCAUUUUGGAUGAGAUCCCAAGUGAAUUAUAUGCACGUGAAAGUGUGAUAAGUGCUGUCUAGAGGAAUAAGCAUCACAUCUAGCUUCCUAGUCUUCCCCUUGGCUGAGCCGCUUAACCUCUCUGGGCGUGAGCGGCUCAUUUGUAAAAAUUGUCUCCCCUGCCUUCAUGUUGAGGCCUGAGGCCUAGUUCAGUCUCUGGUAUCUGUGAAAUGUCCAAACCUAUAAUCUCGUUCCUCACGUUUGUGGACUUGUCCUCAGUAGGGUGCAGCGGUGUCUUCACACUGUCUGAAAAGCAGUGGCUGUUUGCACAGUGCUGGGGGAACACAGUCACCCCAGAGCCCUACUGGGGUGCACCGAGGAAGGCCAGGCUGGACCCAGUUCCUGCUUUAGCAGGGUGGGCAAGAGCAGAUAGGUAAUACUGUUUCAUUUCCCUUUAUAAUCACACACUUCUCCCCAGCUGGUUCUCUGUGAUGCUUUCCACCUCCAGGCCCCAGACACACACACUCCCAGCAGUUCUGAUGUGCCCUUACUUCCUCACGGCUCUGCCUCUUCCGAUCUGUAGAUCAUGGAGCCCAGUAAGCAGGCAGAGUGUGAGCUGCUUCCUUUUAUUCACAUAUUGAGGUACUCACUGUCUCUCAUGCCUUGUAGGUCUUUUUAUAUAUAUACAUAAAACACCCUUAUGCCACUUUUAAAUGAAUCAUUGGGAAUAUGUGUCACACUGGCUCCUCUAAUCAGUUUUUCUAGCUCAACUUUUUGUCCAAGAUCUAUUGAAAAAGGGACAUAUGGGAACUAGAACCACUUGGCAAGAAUAUAAUGACUUCAAAGCAUUGUUAAUGUGUAAUAACUGAUAUACAUUUAAAACACUGAAAAUUUGAAGUUUGGAAUCUGAGGAAUUAGUAUAUAUUUUCAUAUUCUGGACUGAUCUGGGACCAGGAGAAGAGAACGGUGAUACCUAAAAGGACAAUGUGCAGUUAUAUUUCAGCCUUGUGCAUGAUUUUAUGUUUUCAAAGUUUUAUGUACAUACAGAAUUGUUGAUGUUACUUCCAAUAUUUAUACUAGAAAAAUUAUAUAGACACUUUAUAAUUUUAACCAGCAUCUUUAAUAACACUUGCACUUGUUUUAUUGUAAUAAAUUUCUCUUUUAACACAAAAGAAGGUUUAAUUUCAAAAGUCUUUAUUCUGAUGUAGCCUUGCUUAAAAGAUAAAAAAAGUGAGAAUCUCUUGGUGUUCGGAAAUGGGCAGUUUGAGCAAUACUCUAUCCUGCCAUAUAGUAAUAGCAAUAAAUUUUAAGAUACUAUUUUGAAUGUCUUGUUGGCUUGUAAUAGUAUUUCUUUUCCUACAAUGGAAAUAGUGUUUAAUUUAUACUCCCUUUUUGCUAAAGUAUCUUUGUUAACUUAUACAUAUUUCAGACAACCAAGGUAGCCUUAAUAUGUAGCCUUAAAGCUUUGCCUCUUGAUUGUUUUCCAGAAUGAUAUAAAGUACUUGCGUAGAGAAUAUUUGUAACUAUUUCCUAAUAAUGGAAUGGUUUAUUGAAGUGAUAGAUUGUUGAAUUUGCUCUGUGUCUGAAAACGAACAUUUAUUCUUAGUGCUUAAGUGUCGAUUAAGUAAUAAAUGUUGAUAGGAAGUAUUGUAUAUGAAUGUACAAUACAAAAGUGUCCUUUUGAUGACACAAAUGUUGGGCAUUUUUUUCCUUAUGAAAGGUUCAUUUUUUUUCUGUAUAUCUUAGAAGAUAUUUUGGAGAUUCAGAGCACAUUGAUUAUAUUCUAAAACUGAGAAUACACAAAGAAUUGCUCACAAAUAAGUAAUCUUGUGAAGGGAUUCUCUAUCAUGUUCCAGACAGCUGGCUUACAGGCGGACUUUGAAACACUUUGCCAUGAAGAGUGGGAGAUUGGCAAUUGAGUUCCCAAGCCAAGCCUUCUGAGGCAGGUUAACCCCUCGUGUUGUUGACUUAUAAUGCUCAGGGUACCUGCCUGAGUUUCGGGGCUCAGAAACAGGGUGGCGUGAACAGGGUGGAGAAAGGAAAGUGUAAAUUUCCACCUCUUUUCCUAAGAACAAAGGUCUUCCGUUUUUGUAGCACUUCCCAUCCCCUAGUGCCCUUGGGGUCCAGGUACUUUCCUCUGAGUUUGCUAGCCUCCUCUCCUGAUGCAGGGCUUUCCUCCCAGCGUGCCCCACCUGCUGGCUUCCUCCCAUGUCCAGAUCACCCACCUCUCUGCUCCUGCCCAGGCAGUCGUCUUAGUCUGGCUGAUCUGGUGCAGUGCUGCUCAGACUCCUUCCCAGAAAGAAAGGAUGACUUGUGAUCAUCUCCCCCCUCCCCUGGAACUCUUACCAGUGCCUGCUGCAACCCCAGCACCGUGCACUUCCCAAGCUGGGCUGCAGCUGCAUUUUUACAAGGGAGUGCCUUGGAACCCAGUGGCUCAUUCACAGAAAAUGGCAGAGUUUCAAAGUAAAGUGGAAAAAGCCUGCCAGCAGUUUAUAGGAGGAGAAUAUUUGGGUUAGGGGCAACCCUCUCAUCUCUCAUCCCUUCUUCCGGGUGAGUUCUCAGCUGGUUGUACUUUUCAUGGUGAUUUCUUUUCCUCUGCUUAGGACCCACAGAUUUUUCUUACAGUCCUCAAGAAGUCUUUGCCUCUGAGGUAUUCCCUUGAUGAACACCCUUCUAGAGGCUGAAAUGUUUCAUUAAGUUAAUAACAUUCCUUAUGCUCUCAGGGAAAUGCUUAGGAGACGUCACAUAAAUGUGCCCUUUUCCAUGUUGGCAAAAAAUUCAGAUUUUGCACCAUAAUUUAACCAGAUUUUUAUGAGGAUGCUAGCAUUUUCCAAGCAUAGUAAUUAGUUCACAGCUGGGACUGUUAUUUCUGUAAAUGGAUAUAAGUUGUGUGUUUUAAAUUUUUUUUCCCCAUACUGCCUCACAAAGUACCUUAUUUGCAAAAAUCCCAACGUAUAAUAGCUCAUGAAUUACAAUCUGCUUUGUGGUGGCCGUGCUUCUGGAAUAGAGCCAGUGGUAACCCCGAACACCAUGUGAAAGAGCUGCAAGACUGCUUUAGAAGGAAUUAUGUAUGUAUGAUGAGGAUGAUUACUUUUUAAAUAAAACAUGUCAUUUAUACUUUAA